GGAUUCGAAAAUCUCAUCUUUCUUUGGCAGACGUGGUGCCGCCAGGUCUGAGGCGGCACCGCUGGCAGGCGCACGAGCAAAGCAUCCUAACUCACUUCUCAAGUCAGCCCUCAAGACAUGUCACGGGAGAUGCUAGUCUGUGCUACAUCUUUCGUCAAGAGUGAGAAUAGACAGCCGCACUGAAGGAGUCAAUACGCAGCGACUUAAAAAUACCUAUUUGUUUACAUUGGCACCUGUACGAUCUAUUGUCAGACAGGAGACGCGCCUUCACUGCUUCAGUAUAACGAUAGACGAGAGGGGGAGUGUGCGUACGUCCUUCAAUGGAACUUCAGAAGGCGGCGUAACUUUUCACACAAACCGAGCACUCCUUCACCACAACCCACCACGAACAUAACAAAUCACCAGAAAAACAAUCACUCGAAGAUCUAGAAAACCCACAAGCAAACUCAGCGAAGGAGUUACAGACAGAAGUAUUUUUUAAGUAAAUUCCUAUAGACCGAGUGAUUUCUCAAGGACUGAAGGAUCGUCGUAGGACUGUGUAGGACUCCCCGCCCUUGUGGACCUCCAUGGAUGCUGUGCCGAGGACGUGAGGUGUGGCGGCAAGAGGUGUGACAGGUGUGGGCCAGGUGACCAUCCCCUCCCUCCCCUGCCCUCUGCCAUGGCCUCCCCCACCCUGCUUCUCCCACCCCUGCUGUUGAUGCUGCUGCUGCUGCUCCUCACUUCUGCUGCCUCAGCAGACGGGUUCCGAGUGGGCUUUGAGAGGUGGCCAUCAUCGGAAGUAGUAGCAGUGCCAGGGACAGAAGUGCGCCUGCCAUGCUCCACCAACGACACAGCCGACAAGAUUUCCUGGAAGUUCAACAGUCACUUCCUGCACUCCCCUGGCAGCGGCCCAGAGUACACUGUGCCUGAAGGGUUCCAGGUGGUGGCGGUGCAGGGUGGCAGUGAGCUGGUGGUGCGUCUGUCUGAGAGUGAGGCACAGUAUGCUGACCAGACUGGGCUGUACCAGUGUGUGGCGUGGUUUGGCCCCAUCGCCCUCACCUCGCUCCCUGGCAAGCUGCAGGCGGCUGUGUUGAGGGCGCCGGAGGGUGAGGUGCAGCAGGAGGAGGUGCAGGUGGUGGAGGGUGGGGCGGUGAGGGUGGAGUGUGAGGUGCCCUACUCCAUCCCUGAUGCCACGCUGACCUUCUAUAGGGACGGCACCUUGCUUGACCUCACAAACGAAGCAUACCAGCAGACUCCACAUGGGGACCUGCUGGUGAUGGGUGUGGGGGUGUGGGCAGAGGGCGUAUACACCUGCUAUGCCCACAACCAAGCAUUGGGGAGGGGUGUAACUCUGCCCACAGCCACUAGGGUCAAAGUGCUCCCCAGGGCCCCAGCGCUCCCUGUGGCCCCACCUGUGUUUGUGACACUGGGGACUGUUUACUCUGGCCAUGCUGGCACCAACCUCACUCUGCCAUGCCUCGCGAAUGGCAACCCUAAGCCAGUAGUGCGGUGGUCACGAUAUGGCACUGCGCUUCCCUCAGGGGCGUCUGAAGGGAUUGAUGGCUCCCUACAGCUCCCCAGUGUGGCAGUAGAGGAUGCAGGGACAUACUUGUGUCAUGCCAGUAAUGGUGUUGGGAAGGAGAAGAUUCUGCAUGUGUCUGUGGAGGUUGUGGAGCCGCCCAGCAUCACAAGGGCACCACAGUCACAGCGUGUGGAGGAAGGGGAGGCACUGACCCUGCACUGCCGUGCCCGGGGUCACCCACAGCCAAGGGUGAUGUGGGUGUUCAACGGUGAGGUGGUGUUUGACUACGGCAACAUUGCUGUCACAGAUGAAGGCUUGGUGAUCCGAGCUGUGCAGAAGGAGCAUGCAGGGAUCUUCCAGUGCUUUGCCCACAACCCUGAGGGAGCAGUUCAAGGUGUGGCCAUGGUGAGCGUGGUGCCGCGGACCGUCACAGCUGUACCAGGAGCCACACACACCAGGCCAGAUCACGUACCAGAUGACGUGGGUCCUCGGAGGAAGAAUGUGCAGGAUGGUGACAGCACUGGUGGGUCAGGAGGGAGAGGAGGUAGGAAAGGAAGAAAGGGGCCAAAGAGAAAGAAGACAGAGAGAGAGGGAGACUUGUCAUCACAUGGAGGGAGCAAGAUGAGGAAGGGAGGCAAAGGAAACAGGAAGAAAGGACGCAUGGUGCCCCCGUCCAUACCUCACAUCACCAAGGUGUCUGAUGAGUCAGUGAUGGUAUCCUGGGAAGGGCCCCCGGAGUCACAGAGCCUGCCAAUACUCUUCUAUAAGGUCCAGUACAAGCUGGUGAGGAUCCGAGAGCACCAAGGAAGCCAGUGGAGAACAGCCGAUGAGAACAUUAUACCUCGCACCACCUCAUACGAAGUGACAGGGCUGCAGACGGGACGAGUGUACAGGUUCCGCAUCGCUGCUGUGUACACCAACAAUGACAACCUCCUUGGGCCAACCUCUCGCCGAUUUCUACUGGAGGAGGACUCAAACACCCAGCGUCCAGAGGUGCCCCCCACCAUCACCUCACUGCACCAGGAGGCCCCCACACUGGUCAGGGCAAGGUGGAGCUACAACUCCACGCCAGGAAUACCAGUGGAGGGGUUCUUCAUUUACUACCGGGAGUCCACAGUGGCAGGAAGUUACAUUAAGCUGACAGUGCUGGACCCAGACAAGAGGGAACAUGUUGUGUCGCACCUCAAGGCAAAUGUUUCCUAUGACUUCAAGAUGCAGUGCUUUAACAUGGCUGGCCGCUCUAACUUCUCCAAGGUGAUGAGGAAUAAUGCUCCUGGUCACUCAGUAAGCACCACCCAAGAGCCACAGGAGGGGGAGGUGGAGGCACGGGAGCAGGUGCCAGUGGUGCGUGAAGGGGAGCCAAGCAGUGUGUCUAGCACCCACCUGUACAUCAUCUUGGGGGCAGCGCUGGGCCUCCUGCUGCUCAUCGUGGUGGUGUCAGCCUCUGUCUACACCUGCCGCAACAAGAACUCUGAUGAUGAUACCCGGUCAGUUAAGUAUGAGGACACUUCCCUUCACAUCCACCGAGAGACCUCCACCUACUCCCUGCCUCAGACACCUCGGGGGAAGGGACCCAAUGGGUACCUGCCUCACCAAGGCAUCACCAUCACUGCAGAUGAUGAGAAGGCGGUGAUGGAGAGCUCCGUCACCGAGAACAACAACCACAGCACCAGGCAAGUCAGCCGCUGCUUCACAUCCCCAGCGCGUCGCAUCGCCUCUGAGGAUGGCUGCGUUGACAUGGGGGUGAAGACUCUUGCCAUCACGAAGACAACCUACGACACCGGCCCUCCACCAUCACCACCCCUCAGUGCCGUGGAGUCCCCAGGGAAGGAAUAUGCUUACCACUCCUGAGGUGGGCUGGUUGUGUUUGCCGGGUAGUAUGUUGUGUAGUAGUGGUGGUGAGGGAUGAGAAACUGUACAAGGGUUCCUCAAGUUUUGACAGUUCUGUUCCUAUGCUACAUUGGAAGCCAAUUUUCAGCAUAGAUUGGAACAAACAUAAUGAAGCACCUACAGUAUGUCACGCCCUUAUGCUAAUGCUGUAGUACUAUAAAGUCAUAACCUAAGACAAACUCACAGAGGACAUGUAACAAAUAAAAAGACAAGGAAAUAAAUUGAUAAUAAAACAAAAAUCAGCAAAGUGGAAUGCACAGGGGCAGGCACUGCCAGUGUUGUAAACCUUAAAUCAGCAGAAGUUGAGACCAUCAUAAUCCAAGGAUACCCUGUACUGUUUUUCAUCCCUGGUGGCAUUAGUGGUGGUGGUGGAGGUCCUCUUUGUACCUGUAGAUAUGUGGAUGCUGAACUUUGAGUAGUGAGGAUUGCAUACUCUGAGGGAAGCUAAGAGGUGUUGUGUCCUCACUCUAUCCCUAUAAGAAUCAAACAUUGUGGUAAUGAAGUAUACAUUUCCAGCCUUAUAAACUUUUGUGAUGUGCUUGUGUGACUGUGUAAUUAAGAAUAUACAUGUAUACAUUUAUCAUGAAGAAUCACUCUGUACUUCAACUCAGGACUGUAGUGAUGAAAAAGUGACCAGAAUAAUGGUUAAUAAAUGAUGUCAUUCUAAAACAUGUAACUCAGGAGUGAUACAAGCUUAGUGGCUCAUGAUAAGCUGCAUGCAGUGAGGCGGCAGCAGCAGCAGCAGCAGCAGUAUGGCACAUCACAGGAGGGAAAGGGAACAGUGUGAACUUAAGUGCAGUUAUCUAAAUACCUGACCGGUGUACCAAUGUGAUAUUACAAUUAAGGUUUUUGUACAAAGAUGAUGUGUGUGUCCCAUUGUAUCUGUAAACUGUGAGGGAGGAAGAAGAGAAAAAAUGUGUGUGUGUGUGUGUUGUGUCCUUUCAUGCCGAUAAACUAUAAUGGAAGGAAGAAGGGAAUUGCUAUGUGGGUGUAUGUUUUUGUACGUGCUUUUCUGUACCAGUGUCUGACCUCAAGAUCCACUCAAGAAACAGAGAACAGAGUGGUCAUGAGGGAGUCUUGUUGUCCUAGUGUAGUAAUGUUAGUCCUUUGUAGUCCUGUGACAUAAAUGGGUAAGAAGUAA